AUGGGUGGUAAUGACUAUUCCUUCGAAUCAAUAAUGAAUUCAAUUAUAUUUAAUCUUUUUGAUGCUAUAAAAAAGGAAUUUGAAAUCAGAUUAAAUGGCCUUUUAAAUUAUGAAAAUUAUAAAUUUUAUUUAACUUUAACUAUUAAUACAUUGAAUUCAACUAUUAAAGCUGAGAUCAUAAGAACUUUUAGAAAUUAACAUUUGAUAGAAAAGAUAAAUUUUAUCGAUGAAAAAUUCGCCAUAUUCUAAGGUAUAAAUCUAAAUCAAAUUUUUAUUUAUGACUUAAGAUAAGAAUAAGAAUUUUAUGAUCCAAUAACUGAAAUGAAUUUGCUUCAUGAUAUGACAAUAUAAAGUUAUAAUAGUACACAUUAUAUAUGCUUUAAUUCAUCAAGCGAUGAAGCAUUUUUAAUAGAAAUUGGAUAUGAGAUUAAUUUUAUGGAAAAAGAUAAACCUUAUGAUUGUAAGUUAAUUGCUGAAAAUGGGGUAUCAAAGGCUGAAGUUUUAGUAACCAUUUAAUAAGAAGAAAUUAAUAACGACAUUCACUACAAGAGUAUUAUAAUACUAUCAAUUAUUGUUUGCAUAGUCAUAGUUUUACUAAUUUUUGUAUUAAGAAGAUAAAAAUUAAAGAAGAAUAAUUUAAAACUAUUCUAGCCAAUAUCCUUAGAUUAAUCAAAACUAUAAUGA